UCAAAUAAUAGAGAUGAAGGUUGGGAAAUGUACAGUGCCACCCAUGAUCCAGAAAUCCAGGUUUUCUCUUUCUUUUUUUUUCUUUUUUUUUUUGUUUCCAUCCAAGGGCAUGAAUAUUUCAUGACGUGCACUUGUCUGUUUUUGUGCGCUUGUGUGCAUUUUUCUAUGUAGGUUCUCCCAAAGCAGCUACUUUCACGAGUGUUACCAAACAUAAAGAAAACUGUCGAGUAUGGAGAGCACUUGCGCUGUCGUCAUGGAGAUCGCAGUGCAGCUGCAGGAAAUGCCGGUGCACAGCUUCGUAUGCUGGCGCCUUGCCGAGGCUAUGGAGAAGUUGGCAGCUUGGCUCAAGGCCAGUGAAGGCAUCAACCAGCGGUUAUCUUCUGCAGAGCAGGAUGCACUUAUGACACUUGAUGAUGUUGUUAGGCAAGGAUGGAGCAUUGCUGGGAAGUGGAAUCGGUCCAAUCGGUGGCUGCAGGUUAUUCUUGGCGGCCGGAUGGUCCAAGAGCUAAGGACGUUCGCAGCUGAUCUAUGGAGUUGUUCCCAAGCGUUCACUCUGGUUGAGGAGGUUGACUUCAAAGACGACCUUGGUGCUGCUACGGAACAGCUUGACCUGUUGUUUGAGAGCGACGAGAAGUUUCAUCGGCAGUUUUCUGAAAAGGUUAUGGCGGAGAUGAAGAGGGGAGGCUGCAGGGAUGGAAAGGGUAUUUUACAUGUGCUUGAAUUCUUGAGGGUCCAUUUUGGUGAUGCUGACAAUUUUGAGCUGCAAAAGGAAUGGGAGGAGACGAAGGCGACAUUUAGACCCGAAUUUCGAGUAUGGUCAGACAAAGCAGAAGGACAAAUACGUCCUUUUCUGAGCCUGUCUGUGGAGCAAAACCUCCUAAUCCACAUCCUUCUGUAUUGCUUUGAGACACCUGGUCUGGAGACUACAGCUGCUGAAGGCAUCCAAGGGGGCUCUGGCCAAGGGCCUGAUAGGACGACGGGAGGUGGCCUGCCAUAUGGACAUCAUGUUCUGCAAAGGAGUAUGGAUGACAAUGCCAUCGUUCUCUCUCAGGUAAAGAAGGCGGACCUUGAAAAGCUAGAUGUUUGUCCUUCUCCUUCACGUCCGGUCACUCCAAGUUCGAGCAGUCGAUCGUCAAGCCCGUCAUCAACCUUGCCGAGAACUCCAUCGAGCUUAACAUCAACCCUGACAUGCAAUAAACAGCGAGCUAUAUCGCCUCUGAGCGGUGCAGCAUCUCCGCCCUACUCUCUCCCGGAGGAGUGCCUUUGUCCAAUCUGCGGUGCACUCUUCCGAGAUCCCAUCAUGCUCGAUUCGGGGCAUUCUUUCUGCCGGAAGUGUUUGCGCAAGUGGUGGAGCUCGAACGACGGGAAACAGAAAAUAUGCCCCUUAACAAGGAUGCUUCAUGACGGACCUCUCACCCCAAACUAUGCUCUUGAAAAAGUGACAGCAUCCGUCGACACGGUUUUGCAGCACCUACAUCGGCUUAUUCAUCAGGUACAGAAGAGCAGCAAUACAGCAGCCAUUGUGCCUGAGCGGAUGAUGGCUGACGAGACCACUGUGCAGGCUGCCAUUGAAGUCCUGAAAACUGAUCGCCCUGUUUUGGAGGUUGCAAGAUUUGGGGUGCAGCCUCUCGUCCGGCUUGCAGAUGACUCAGACCUCAGGCAAAUGAUACUCCAACAGGGAUGUGUACACCUGUCUGUCCAGUUGCUGAACAGAUCUUGGUUGGCAGCAGAGGAGGUGUUGACUCUAUGGAAGAAACUGACAAUGGACAGUGUGGCACAAACGGCGAUGCUGGGCACAUUCGAGUCAACACGCCAAAGAAUGGAGCUGAGGGAGAGACGGACAAAGAUUGCUGAGGAGGGAUUCCAAGAGGUGCUGCUUCCCUUGAUAAGGAUGAAAGAGUGGAUGGUUGACCGACUGUCGCUUGCUGUAUUGGCCAAUAUUCUGGAGGAGAGCAAUGCUCGGCACAUUGUCAAAACGAGCCAAGGAGUCCUAGUGAGGGAGUUAUGCAAGAUGAUCAACCUUCAGAGCUGUGCGCAGGAUGCCGGGGUGCUGACGGGUGAGAAUGUCGAAAUCGGAAGGUGUGUGCUGUUUCUUGUGGGCAUCGAGCAUAGGGAUCAGAUCACGCUAUCGGAUGUGCUAGCUGCAUUAGCAAUACUAGCGCAAGAUGAUAAAGACGAGGCGAAGAACGAGCCGUUGCUGGCAAUUGAAAAGCUUCUCGGCGAAAUCCGAGGAGGCGAAGAUGGCUUGAUUGAAUCCCUGAGGGAGGCUGUAAGGGAUUCACAAUUCUUGGUGGUGGUGCUGUCUCUGUUGAGUGCUCGCCAAUCCACGCGGGUGAACACUUCAGCACUGAAGAUACUUUAUGAGAUGUCACAUGACAUGGAUUGCAUCGAGAUGGGGGUCACCACUUAUGGGUUCAACAUAGUUAAGAGACUGCUGGAGAUGAUGGAAUGGGAGGAAUUCACCAUGGGAGGUGUCUUUGAAUUGAGCGCACAAGUGCUAUCUAACUGGAUUGCAAGAGGGGGCGCAACACUUCGUGCUGAUCUGCUGAGAUCGGGAGGCAUCCCAAAACUUGUGCGGAUGUUGAGAGAGUGUUGCUCCGAGGAAAAAGGCUUGUCCGAGCAAAGAGCAAGCGCCCGUGGGGACAUUCUGCACAUCUUUGCUAAUUUGGCUGGUAGUGAUGAUGUAUGCCGAGCCGCAUUUUGCGGCAUAGGAACGAUUGAACUGCUAGUCAGAAUUCUCCAGAACUCAGCAACGCUUUCUUCGGGCAGCUUUGCUGGGUUGAUGCAAAAGAGAAUGGCCAAUGAGGAUAAGCAAAACCCCAUCGACGACGACCCUCACGGCAUAGUUCCUUUCAUUCUUGCACAGCUUGUGCUGUUCCCGGGAUGCCGAAAGGAUCUCCUGGCAUGCCAAGGCCUACGAGCCAUUGUCAACGCUCUCAGAUCCCGCUUCAAGACCCUGAUGUUCCGCGCAAAUGCUGCAAUGGCCUUGGAGACACUCGCAGCAUUUGACGAAACUUCAUGCAAGGUUGUUAUAUCGGAGAUAGAACACCCCUACGUGAUAUCGAUCUUGAAAGGGGAUGUGUCAUUGAGUGCUCGAGCAGCAGCAGCAGGACUCUUGGCGGUAAUGAUGAGAAGAAGAGACGGCGGGGGCUUGCUGCGCAAUGAGGCCAUUGUUGCUCCACUUGUGGACUGGGUCCAUCUGACAAAAGAUCAAGGGGAACAGGAGCAGCUCAAGGUAAUCGCCGCAUUUAGGCGUGUUGUCAUGGAUACUCAGUGUUGGCUGCAGAUUGUGAAAACCAAGGGGGGAGUGGAUGCGGUUGUGAUUUUCAUAACCUGCCAAAGGGCAUGCGCCCAAUGCAAGGAGAUCGCUCUUGGAGUCCUGACAACGGCCAUAAAAAAAACAAAAGCUUGGAUGGACGAGUUCAAAGACAACAGACUGUGGGAUGGGUUAUGCGGCGUAAAUGUCAUCAACGUUUUACUCAGCACUCUAGAACGGGGAGGAAUCCUUGUCGGCGAGGAGGACAAGCCACCGGGCCCCACUGCUCAGCAGAAAGGCCAUCAUCGUCAGCCUAAGGACGAAAGCAGUUUGUAUCGUAAGGUACCCAUCGAUUCUGAUCUGAUGCAAGAUGUCGCAGAAGCACUGUUUUUGCUCGUGGACAGCAAUGCGACGGCCGGCAGGCAAAUUCUGAAGGCAGGUGGGUGCAAGAUUCUCAUGAGGAGCUUGAUGGGACGCCACCUGGCAGAAGGUGGUGAAGCAGAUCCCUCUCUGCUUGCUCAGCAAACAACUGCCUACAACGUCUUUGAUCUAUACAUUUGCGGUCUACUGGGCAGGCUUAUGGAAUAUGGAAUUGAGGGUGUGAAGGCAGUUUCCGAGGUCGGGGGUGCAUAUGCUCUCGUGUGCGUGCUGGUCCACGAAUACUCGCUCGAAUGGAUGCUCCAGUCAAUGGUCAGCCUUAGACACAUGGCCAGUGCCUCUGAGGAAUUCAAUCAACUGGCGGGUGACUGCGGUGCUGUUGAUGCAAUAACAAAAGCACUGAGAGUAUCUGGGAUAGGAGCAGCGGGUGAUUGGGCGGACAAGACACCGCUCAGUACUGCCGGAGAUGACCCAGGUACUGAGCCGGUGGUCGAGACAAUAUGUGCCAUUCCCGCAUUCUUGAAGGAGGGAAUAAGUGCUCUGAGUGCUCUGGCCCAGCAUCAGCAAAACAGGGGGAGAAUCAUUAGUAGUGGUGGGAUUGACGUUCUCAUAGAUGCUGUCUUCAAAGGAAUCGAGCAGGGAGAUCGGGUAUUUGCCGAGGAGGCCAUGGAAGCACUUUAUCAGGUGAGCCGAAGUGAGGUGAUCUCCACACCAUUGCUGAUGGAGAUGAUGCUUGGAAUUAUAGUAUCCAAGUGCAGCAAUGGUGCUGAGAAUGGCACAGGGGGAGGCAUCGGUUCGUUGGUGGACGACACGCCAAGAUGGCAUCCGAACAGGUCACCGAGAUCAGUGAUAACCAUGGCAGUGCUUGAGAGGGCGAUAUGGGUACUAAGGAACAUGGUAUUGGAGGGGAUUCCAUAUAGUUCUCGAGAGAAAGUGAUGACUGCAAUGAUCGCUGUGCUAAAACGAUCGUGGGCGUCGUCUUCGCACUUGGUGUCGGCAGCAGGUCUGCUUCAUGGAGCGAUCUCUACUCUGGACUUGUUAACGACAUCGAGCGAAGAGAGGGAGAAGCUGCGAAAACGCAGCGGAUUGCCGCUGCUUGUGGGAGUUUUGAAGUGUAUGGGCGUUCAAGGACUGAUCACGAAUGGCGAAUGCGCUGCCAACUCCGUUGUGACCUGCGGUACCCAUAUCCUCAAGAAGUUCAUGGAUGAUCCGGGCGGUAAGGGAGAAGUGUUUCGAGCCAACAUUGUGCCGGUAUUAGCCGACUGGUUAUGCCGCCCAGCCUCAAAGAACAACGGGCCCGACUGCAUGGCUUGUGAUGCCCUAAAGCUACUCGAUAAGCUGGUCGACAGCUCGUUGACCUCUCUGCCGAGGCCAACGUUGUCACGCACAGGCAAGGUGGUGCAGAAAGAGCUCGUCGAAGCUAUGAAUCAGGCGGAGUGUUUUGAUGGGCUAGCCAAGCUCUCAUUGUCAAGCCCACAUAGCAUCUGCAAGGAGUAUUCAAGGAAGCUUCUCGACUCGUGGAUGGAAACAUGCACUUUCAAGGCUCUGAAGCAGUACGUUGCGGCAGCUGACUCCUAUGCGCUCGCUAAGUCAAUCCGCUGAGAGCCACUACACAGACAGAGAGGAGGUUGCGCACGGCUGCAGCUGACUCGUAUGCUCUCGCUAAGCCAGCUCGGUGAGAGCCAUGACACAGCCAAACAAAGAAGGAGGUUGACGAGGUUGAACCCGGCUCAGUUAAUAGACUCAUUAUCUGAGCGUCAGCAAACUUAACCAGCUUCCCAGACUCACCGCCAACAACGCAACUUACUCUACUGCUGACUCAGCAGCUGACCCGGUCACCUGACCCAGCCAUGGGCUCAGGGCCAGUUUCACUACAGCAUCAGUCAACUUAGACUCAGCAGACCCAACAACAGUUGGACUCCGUGGAGUUAUUACAAUUACCUGACUCGUCCUUCGGAACAUCUGUUAAAAUUGGAACAAUACAGAGAAAGAUUAGCAUGGCCCCUGUGCGAGGAUGGCGUGCACAAACAGACAAACUACCUGACUCAGCAGACAUAACAGCAGCCGUUGGAGCGGCACAUGCAGCAGCAGCAGCCAUCAAGCGCUAAGCCAGACACAGCACCAAGAGAGCAUAGCAAGCUCUGUGGAUCAACUCAAUGAACAUCAGCAGAGAUAGCAUACUCAAAAAAUCACAUAGGACACCAAGACUCAGCAGCAGAAGCAGAAGCAGAAGCAGAAGCAGAAGCAGCAGCAGGACCAGGAGGUUUUUACUAGACCCUCACGGUCAUCAGCUCACUGCGAAGGAACGAAGCAAACCUGGGAGAUCCAGGAGCAGGUCCAACAGAGCAGUCUGCAUGGCGCAUUCAUCGCGAUGCUCAGAGCAGAGUCAGCUAUGGCAUAUCCGUCUGCUAGGCAGCAGACUAUGUGCGGGUCCAACAGAGCAGUCUGCAGGACUCAGUGUGGCGUAAUCAAUCUGCUUAGAGCAGAGCCAGCAUAGUGAACAGACUACAUAGACUUGGCAGCAGGAGACAAGUGUGGGGACCACCCUGCAUUCACCAUCACCCCCUGCCUGCGAACAAAGCACUGUCAGAAGCAGGGCCAGCAGACUCCAUGGACUCAGAAAACUCGGCGAUCACAAGAAUGCUGAGCAUAGUUGAGUGAGCUCAAAAGACCUCGUACCUAGAGCAGAGCGGGUUGAAUUACUGCGCAGAUGCUGUCACAUGGAGCAUGACUUUUUUGCACAAUUCAGAGGCACAUCUCUGUCGCCAGCCUAACCAAUACAAGCGGACUUUCUGCUUAUUUAAUCCAAGCAGUCAGUUUUUCAUUACUCUAAUUAUUCUUGGAUUUGAAUUUUGAAGUUUUGAAGUUUUGAACAUCAUUUCUACUUAUACUUGAAGUUUGAUUUGUACAGCCGGGGGGGGGGGKGAGGGGGGGGGGUYUUYUUAUCAGGAUAAUGAAUGAGUCAAGCAACG